AUGGCCGCAGUCAACUCGCGCCGGACUUCCACUACGAGCACCCACAUAAUGGCUCUCGACGGCAUAGUCACCGUGAACUCUCUGUUCACGAUAGCGGUCUUUCUCGGCCUCUCCUUCAACCUCUCCGACCCCCAAACCACCCUUGUAUACGCCGCCGACCCCGCCUGCGUCGCUGAUACUUCCAUCGCCGAACGCCUCAUCUCUUUCCACGUUUACUCCUUUAGUUCCUUCCUCUUCUCCAGCCUUCUCGCCUCGAGCAUCAAACAGGCCAUCAAGGUCUCUAGCGCCGGCGACGGAGAGCGGCGCAAUUCACCCUCAGAGCACGUUAACAGGACGGCGCUCCGAUCUGUACUCCUAGCCUCUGCGGCCGGAUCCGUCUCCGGCUGCGCCUUCUUGACGCUGGCUCUGGUGGAUCUGGUCCAGAUCAAGCUCGGUACCUUGGCUUGCCGAAACCCAUACAGCUUCGCCGCCGCCGGUCCUUUGGUGAUCCUCGUUCCUUCGGCGCUUCUCGCAUACGUCUGCAUUGUGCUUUACGCCUUCACUCGCUAGGGUUUCGCUUCGCCUACAAGUCGUCCGUAAUUCCCGAUGCUUGGAGUUGGGGUUUGUAUAUUGUAAAUAAAUUAGAAAUGUUAUUUUCUUUUAAUUGUAUUGCCAGAACUGUGAACGAUCAAAUAUUGUCUCCCUUUGUGUAAAAAUUAAUUCAGUUUUGAUUUCCUGUAGAAUCGUAGAAGUAUUGAAAUCCAUACUCCUAAACUGCCAUGAAUUCUAUAUGUUAUUGGUAAACUAUUGUUUUA